AUGUUUGGCCAGAACAUAGUAACCACAGGACGCCUUAUCCGCGUUGAGGCACACUUUGCUUUUCUACAAACACAAACACAUGGACGCGUAUUCUGCUCUGAAACUCCCAUAACAGGACCAAUAUCGAAUUUUGCAAUUGGAGAAGAGGUUGACGUUGACAUAGUUCCACAGAAGACGUACGGAUGCAAUUGGAUGGCAGUGAAUGUAUGGAUUUGA